AAAAAAACUUCAGUUUAAAAAAUUCUCCACAUGAAGUUUAGGUUCGGAUUGUUCAGAUAAUCGUCAAUGUUUUACUAAAAAAAAAACGUAAAAAAAAUAAUAGAAGAAUUAAAUUGGUUGUGCAGACAAUUCCAAAAUUCGGAAACCUCUAGAAUGACCAUCCAAAGAUUGAAGUGCGACCUCAGCCCAGAGGUCACAACAUGUUUGCAGUUAAAGGACAGUGUUCGUCCGGAUUGCUGUCCCAUCCGGGAUCCAAUUCCCUACGAUGCCGAGUGUUUUGUGCGGGAUAUUGGCAAGGACCUGAACAAAUUGUACAGGCGCCAUGAUCGAAUGUUUGUGAAACGCAGACGCCUGAUGGAGAUGGCGGUUCCCAACCGCCGCUACUGCCGCUUCGUGCCCAAGUGCGCCUGCCCGUUUCGCAAAUGCAUCGAGAUGGUUCGCCCCUGCGAUGCCCAAAGCUACACGCGCACCGAACAGUUGGCCCUGCCCACGGUUCGCCGACUGCUCCAACGGCGGAGGACGGCCAUCAAUACCGGUGACAAGAUCGGCGAGUCCAUCCUGAACAGGUGGCUCCGCUACAGCUACUUGUCUCUCUACAGUCGCCUAGCGAAUAUCCAGCCUUUGCGUAAACCAAAGAAAAAGAAGAAGAAGACGGAGAAGCAGUUGGCUAAGCAUGAAAAAUACAUUGAGAAUCUGGCGAAACCGAAGAAAGCGCCUAAACCUCCAAAACCGUCGCGAGCGGCUGGGGAGAUCGACCAAGCACGCCUCCAAAAGUUGGCGAGUCCAAAGGCCUUUUUGGAGGAGCUCAAGCCCAAGUGGGAGCUGACACAACAAAUGAAGGACUACAAAGCGUCCAAGCGGCUCAAGGAUAUAUCACAGCCCGUUACGCGGGACAAUGUGCACAUCAACGAGAAUCCCGAGAAGGUUUCGCCGAAUGCCCUUCGUUACAAGCCGAGCGCCCGCAUCAAGGAGAUGUCCGAGCCGCUCACGUCUCGCGAUGCCAACCAGGGACUGGCGGACGUCAAGGAGAAUCCAUUCGGGAUCGCUCCCAAUGCGCUCAAGUACAAAGCGAGCACUCGCAUCAAGGAGCUGGCGGAGCCGAAGGAGUUCGAGAAUACGCACAUCCGGGAGAAUCCUUUCGCGAUUUCGCCGGCGGCCCUCAAGGCCAAGGCCUCGCCACGCCUCAUCGAGUUGGCCAAGCCCAAGGGCGGAUAGGUCCAUCCGGACGAGGCCGGAGCCUGUCCAAAAUCUGUGCCAUCACAUUUGGUGUUCUGAUAUUUGCAUUUUGGCUAUGUUUGGUAUCAAGUUUUCCAUUAAAUUUGUUUUCGGUUUUCUUAGAAA